UCAUACGUUUAGACCGCCAUCCCUGAAAAGCGAAAACAGGAUAGUUUAAGAAGUAUGAAGUUCAGGGUUUCGUACAGGCUCCCGAUGUUCUUUAACCACACACGCGGCGGUUACCUCUACAACCAGCAUCGCUGCUUCACUUCGCUUUUCAAAAAACUCCAAACAACCACUCCCGCGCGAGCUUCCAUCAGUGGCGGACAUGGAAGUUCUCAAGGUGAUUCUUUUCUGGUUCCUGGUGCAACCGUGGCUACAUUACUGAUGCUUGGUGUUCUCCAUGCUCGUCGGCUUUACGAUGAAAAGAAGCUUGAAGAGGCACGAGAAAAAGGAAUUGAAUUAGAGUUCCAACCUGAUGUAAAAGCAGCAUUUUUGGGACUGCUACCGCUGCGUUCUAUCUCUAGAUUUUGGGGUUUCUUGACAGACUUGGAACUUCCUGUCUGGCUGCGUCCUUAUACCUAUAGAGCCUGGGCUCGGGCAUUCCACUCAAAUUUAGAUGAAGUAGCUCUGCCUGUGGAUGAAUAUGCUUCUCUACGGCAGUUCUUUGUUCGUACUUUGAAAGAAGGUUCCAGGCCCAUUGACCAUGAUCCACAAUGUCUGAUUAGUCCCGUGGAUGGUAUCGUUUUGAGAUGUGGAGAGUUGAGAGGAGUAGGGGCUAUGAUUGAGCAAGUCAAAGGGUGUUCCUAUUCCGUUUCUUCACUUCUUGGUGCAAGCUCUUUCCUUCCCAUGAUAGCCGAAGCGGGUGUGCAAGAAGAGAGUGGUGAACAGGAAAAUACUUCUAAAGAGAGGAGUAAGAAGUCAUGGUGGAAAAUUUCAUUGGCGUCUCCUAAAGUUUGGGAUCCUGUGUCAGUAUGUCCAAUGAAAGGUCUUUUUUACUGUGUAAUUUACUUGAAGCCUGGUGACUAUCAUCGUAUACACUCUCCAGUAGAUUGGAGCAUCCUUGUCCGGCGGCAUUUUUCAGGUCGCCUAUUCCCUGUGAAUGAACGUGCUACAAGAACCAUCCAAAACCUUUAUGUUGAGAAUGAAAGGGUUGUUCUCGAAGGUCUAUGGAAGGAAGGGUUUAUGGCGAUUGCUGCAAUUGGUGCAACAAAUAUUGGGUCAAUUGAGCUGUUCAUUGAACCAGAACUUCGGACAAAUAGACCAAGAAAGAGGCUACUGCACUCAGAACCCCCAGAAGAACAUCUUUAUGAACCUGAAGGGGUUGGCGUGUUGCUCAAAAAAGGAGAUGAGAUAGCUGCUUUCAACAUGGGAUCAACAGUGGUUCUUGUCUUCCAGGCUCCCAUAUCAAAAUCACUUGAAAAUGGGGAUUCUUCAUCGGAGUUUAGUUUUUGCAUCAAGCGUGGAGAUAGAGUUCGAGUUGGGGAAGCACUGGGGAGGUGGCAGGAUUUUUAACUGAAUUUCUUCAACCAGAUUCAAUUUUUCUUU